AUGGAUACCAGAAUUUUGUUCAUAUUAUCCUGCACCGUACUAACAGCAUCAGCAUGGUCACGGCCCUUCUACCCAGUCCGAGGACCGAUGCGAUUCACCAGGUUCGCGCCACCACCGCCAGGGUUCAGGCCGCAUCACCAUCCUUCGCAUCUACAGUUGCAUUCACAACCUCAUGCUCAGGCGCCAGCUCAUUUGCCACAGCAUAGGACUCCUGUGGAAUCAGCAGAACUAGAAGAGCCACAAUGGCAGCGACCAAAGCGUGGUCAUGACGACUACGACCACGACCACGAACACAGAGGUACCAGCGGGGUCACCGGCCCCGUCCAUACAUUCGUCAAGACCGACAAGAAUGCCAACUAUAAGUGGGGUGUUAGACACCAUGUGGGGGACAAGUACGCUUCUUAACCCCUAGAGUGACG